UUUAAAUAAAAACAUUCCGCGAUGACGAGAAACAAGGUUUCUCGCUCAAGAAACUUAGUUUAUCAAAAUUCAAAAAAAGAAGAAUAAAAUCAAUGAGAAGAAUGAAAUUAAUUGUCCCGCGUAUUUCACUAUGGGGGUAUUUAUUUCUUCAUCCCACAUGGUUUGCUUCACAAGCUCUUUCUGCAACUUGAGAGAAGAACAGAACGUCAUAUCCAAAAGCAAAAGACCAAAACCACAAGAAGUAUACCUGAGAGCAGGAGUUAGGAAGAAGAUGCCUACUAACGGCUCACAACACCGCGGUACAGGGAGAGAUUUCAGAAGAAUGGUGAAUUCUCCUUACUUUAGAAGUACUGGAAAUUUGCCAUCGUUGCCAGAAAAUCCUCAUAGCAACACUAGUCUAGGUCUUAUUUUUCCAAGAAUGGAAAGGAGGGGGUUACAUGGAAGAAACAGCACUUCCAUCACUUCAUCAGCUUUUCAACAAGAUACUAAUUCACAAAGUUUACCAUCUUCUGCAAGUACCAUUACUUCGAAAUCUACAACAAUAUCAAACUCUUCACUUUCAUCUGUAUUAGGUUCUCAAGUUGACAUGUUGUCUACACUCUCACAUGCACCAGUUACACAAGAUGUUGCUUCUUUUGUUACCAUUAUGUCCAGUGUUCCAAGUUCUGGAAAUGAUGAAGGUGUUUCAAAUGCGAUGCAAAGUGUUUUGACAACGUUGCCAAAAAAUAAUAUUACCUUUCCAGAAAAUAUCACAUUCUCUGAUGAUGAUGAUGAUGAUGAUCACUUGUUCUCUACAAACGCAGCUGCCUGCUUAAGCAACAUCGAAACCUUAAGACUUCAUAGUUUUAAAAUUCCAGAGAAAACAAAAAAACGCAGAAAAAAAAGGGGUCCUUUACCAUCUACGACAAAGGCAAAGUUUUAUCAUCUCCCAGACGCAUCAAGAAUUCCAAAAUUCCGAAAACUGACAAAUGGCUCUGCUGAUCCUCUUUUAUUAGAACAUAUUAAUAGUGGCUACGGUUUUCCACGUGACUGUUAUAAUUUCGAAAAAAAAGAGCCAUGCUCAAUUUCAUUGUCACUUGGCCUCACAGAACAACGAUUUGAUGAUAGGAUAAGACAAUACUUCCCUUUACUACCAAAUAUUUAUUUUUUCCACACGUUGGAUAGAAAUAAACGACCGAAACGUGUGAAUAUAAAAUGUCCUAUAAAUAUAAAAAGCCUCAAGUAUAACGGAGUAAUAGUGAUUGCAUCACAAUCUCUCGAAGCUCUACCUCAAAGUACAAGCACGCCAUCUCAGGCAAGUCGCUUAAACGUUUCACCAGGUGAGAAUUCUUUCUUUUAUAUGGCUUUAUCGACACAAACCAUUGUUGCAAUGUUGAAAGAUCAGACGUGUAUAUAUGUGUUACUUAUUUGUUCAGCUCUACCUCAAAGUACAAGCACGCCAUCUCAGGCAAGUCGCUUAAACGUUUCACCAGCUCUACCUCAAAGUACAAGCACGCCAUCUCAGGCAAGUCGCUUAAACGUUUCACCAGCUCUACCUCAAAGUACAAGCAGUCUACCUGAGGCAAGUCUUUCAAACGUUUCACCAGCUCUACCUCAAAGUACAAGCACGCCAUCUCAGGCAAGUCGUAUAAACGUUUCACCAGAAUCACGACCCAGGAUAUGUGGUGUUUGUGGCUGCACAUAUAUAGAAAACUGCAUCCGAUGUGAGCAGGAUUUGGAAUACGAGGAAAGCAUCCGUGCUGAUAGGGCUGCUGAUAUCCAUAAUAGCAACUACGACGUCGAAUCCGACAAUGAAAAUACGCCGUUAUGCUCAGAAGACCUACGUGCAGCCAGAGUUGCUUUUUUGACUAAAAAUUCAACUGCUUCUAACAACACAUUUGGCAAUGAUGAAGUCGAACGUUUCUUCGAACGCAGCGGCGGUGACAUUGACGAACCUGAAGUCGAUAUAAACUAUAUUCCAGCUACAAGUCACAGCGAGUUUAUGGAAAAUGCCCUUUCUAAAUUCACAGCGAUUGAUAAAAAAAAGAAAAUUAUAAUUAUACAAAGAGACAAAUCGAAAUUUUGGUCUGUAUUGUUUCGCCAAAAACUCAACCUAACUACACAUGCGCCAUGUGUUCGAUUCGCAGGAGAAGCAGGAGCAGAUGCUGGAGGUCCAUUGCGAGAGUUUCUCACACUAUCAAUGAAAAAUAUACCGUUGCUCUCUACCAUGGUUUUCGGAGAGGAAAAGUGUCUGUGUUUCGAUGCUAACACAGAAUCUCUGAUCGAUAACAAGUAUUUUUUUUUAGGGCAGCUAUCUGCGUUGUCAAUACUCCAGAAUGGUCGUGGUCCUGAAUGCUUUCACCCUGCAGUGGUGCGAUCAAUUUAUGGCCUAAAUCAACCUGCAACCAUCGAGAAUGUAGGAGACUAUGAAAUAAAAAAAACACUUGAAAACAUUCAAAACGGAGAUUACGACUCACUUCUAGAGAAAGGGAUAAGUGUAAUUAAUCGCUCAGAAACUGAACUUAGACGCUUGUUCUUGUCAAAUAGGAUAGUUCACCAGAACUAUUCUAGUAUACAUCAAUACAUCUCAGGCAUAAAAUCUAUAUGCCCAGCUUUUACGGAACAACGAGCCUAUCAAAUUAUGGAGAAGUAUUUUUUGUUUUCCGACAAAGAGAUCUCAUAUGAUGAUAUGGUGGCUCUUUUUAAUUACGAGGACCUUGAUGAAUGCGAAGUUGGCUCGAAUCGCUUCUUAGAAAUACAAGACUGUAUUGUAGAGUUCGAGCUAUUUCUUUCACAAGUUGAUUCCGGGGAAGUGACACGCAAUAAUUUACCUCUACGUUUUGAUCAACUCGUAGAAUUUUGCACUGGUGUUGACAGGAUACCACCAUAUGGUUUUGAAAAAAAAAUCGAUGUGAAGUUCAAAGAUGUUUCUCUUCCAAAUGCGUCAACAUGCAGUUUAACACUGACUAUUCCUACAAAGGAAUUGAGUAAGAGAAUGGCGACAGGUAUCCACUUUGGUGAAGGUUUUGGUGUUGUUUGAUAAGAUAAUUUUUUAUUGGUCACA